AUGUCGUCUUCGCAGGAGCUGGUCAAGCGCCCGGAUGGCCAGCUCAUGCCCCCUCCUCCGCCUCCGAAACGGAUCAAACGCCCCGCGACAGUCCUGGACGAAGAUGUCUACACCAGUACACUAUCCCACAUCAUCGCCCGUGACUUCUUCCCGGGCUUACUGGAAACGCAAAGCAAGCAAGAAUAUCUGGAUGCGCUAGAAUCAAAAGAUAAAGCAUGGAUCGCAAGCUCGAAGAAGAAACUGGCAGAUGUUAUGCGCACGCCCACGCCAGGUUCAAAUGCGAGAAGAAAGACAGACCCCGCGGGCACGCCACAGCAUUUCCCAUCCAGCCAAUCUGAUGAGACACCCCACGGCUGGGGAGGUGAUACCCCUAUGUCUUUUGUAUCGACAUCAACAGCAGCGACAGAUGCCCCGGAGCAAAACGUGCCCGAUGUGUCGAACAUGGGGCUACUCGCCUUCCAGGCAAAAUACACCAGUGAAGACAACGAGUCCUUUAACAAAGUUAUCGACAAGCAAAACAUCAAACGUAGAGAGAAAUACCCAUGGCUCUGGACCGGCAACAAAGUUCCUUCGGCGCGCCAAAUCGCCCAUCACGCCCAAGAAACAAAGCGCAUCACAGCACAAGGCGGGAACCCCGAAACAGCCCUGGUCAAGCAAGAUGGCCCAGCCAUAAAAACAGACUUGGAUGCUCGCCCUGCAAAACCAGACUCGUGGAAGACCCGUCCGGAUAACACACUCAUGUUCCUCCCAUCCUCUGUGGAGGAUACACACGAGACCCUCCCUCAAAAGGCAGACCUCUCGUCCCGAGCCGGCCCAAAACGAACCCUCUACCAAAACACAAGACUGCUCGACCCAGAAGCAGCAGCCGCAGCAGACUCAAUCCCUCAAUCACCCUCUCUUUCAGCAAUCCAAGACGCCAUAGCCGGCCGACCUCGGCUAAACGAAUCAGAAGCCAUGUCCACAGCCGGGGGCGAAACACCCCGUGUAAACGGCUACGCCUUUGUUGACGAAGACGAACCCGAACCAGCAUCAUUCAGCUACACCUCAUCCUCCAACCCCGGAUCUUCAGAGUAUGAAGCAGAUUGGCGCCUCCUAGGCCAAGCAGAUUCAACCCCAAAUCCAUUUCAACUAUCCGAAACCGGUAAACGUGAAGCCCUCCACCAUCGCAUGGUCGAUCGUGUGGCGCGCAAUAAACGAGCUGAAAAGGCUGCGCGAGUUACCAAAACUCCUGUUUCGAAUACGCCGCGUUUCGCUAGCAGUCCCAUGCUCGGUUCGAGGACGCCUGGCUCUGUGGCUUCUGCUUCUACUUCUGCUGGAGGGAGGCAGGGGAAGAUGCUGACACCUGCGGCGCAUCGGUUGUUGAAUCAGGUCGGGGGGACGCCGAGGUUUGGCUCUUCUGUUAAUGGUUCUGGGAGAUCUGGGCUUGGGAAUGUUUGGUCGCCGAAGUUGACGCCAAAGAAGAAGUGA